AUGUUCUCAGAAUACGCCUCACGAUUCCUCGCCCAAUCCCAAUCCCGAAUCAGUUUUGCUCCUGCUGAUGAACGUCGAGCUGGUGAUGGUCGCGGUCGACGGCAGAACCAGAAUGGCAGAUCCGCCACUGCUUCGAGGACAUUGAACCCUCGUAUACCAAAUCCCUACCAACCCACAUCAUCACAGCUAUCAACCCUACCUUUUGCGUCGAGAUUAAACCCGCAACAGGCCCCGUUAUUCUACAGUGCAACCGACGAGUUUCGAGAAGAGAACGACGAGGAAGAACACGAACGUGAGAUUGCCGAUUAUUACGCCCUUCAAAGGUCCCGAAGACAAUUGGGCGCUAGUGACCUCAAGGAAUCGUCUGACGCGGGCAAUGGGAGCGGCUCGAGUAUCAUCAACGGCGCUAGUAGCCACGAAGAACUUCCACGCGAUACAUCCUUCAGGCGGCCCGGCGGCAUUAAAAGCUCAUGGCAUGGUGGUGGGACAAGCCAAAGGAGAAGGUCCCCCAAUUUGGACGAUCUUGCCGAGUCAACCGAAUCACAUCGUGAACUAUCCAGCCCAACUUCUUCUAGAGGGCGUAUGGUCGAUGUUGGGUUAGAAGACACUCUUAGGAGUGAGUAUGACGAUGAGCCUCCGGAAGACCUGAUGGAGAACCCACCAUCUGUCCAACAUCUGCGUAAAGGCGAUAACAUUGCUCCGGGGAACUUUGAUUCGGACGAUUCCGACUCAGAGAUAGAUCGUCAACGACUGCUGGGACGGGUACCUGGGGGUUAUGCUGAAGAAGACGAAACUAUUCCUGAAGGGACACCUCAGACUCCAGGUCAGCAGCCUCAGCACGACUCAUUCUGGGGGCAAAUAUACCUGCUCGCAUUUGCCGCCAUGUGUACGACGUGGUUCAUGGUGUUUCUUCAAACCCAAUCCCCGAAAAAGAAUGCCCCUCUCGGCGAUACCAUAUAUACGACUUUGCAUGGAUCUUUCUACUUAUUAGCGACUUAUACCCUUGUAGCGACUUUUGUUUCAUUGUUCUGGUUGGCGGCACUUCGAUCAUAUGUCCGAUACCUGGUCUAUGCAGUCGUUGUGACCGUCCCCGUCAUCCUGUACUCAUUUUCGCUUUAUCCAUUGAUUUCGAGCUACAAAGGCGCGAAUCAUGGUUCGGGGAUCCAGGAUACAAUCAUGAGGUGGAGUUCACUUGUGCCCGCUGUCAUGGCGACCCUUUGGAUUCUCGCGGUGAUACGCGGAAGAUUGGCGAUGCAGAAAGCCAUCUCUAUCCUCGAAUUUGCGAUUAGAAUCCUGGCCGCCAAUCCAGCUUUGGUUUUGGUGGGCUUUGCCAUUCUGGGAUUUAUCAUCACCUUCACUUGGAUCUGGCUAUCCAUGUUCACCCGAGUCUUCCUUGCUGGACAUGCCAGUACCUUAUCAGGGAUCGGUCGGUUUGUGAUUGAUACUUCGACUUGGUGGCUAGGCGUGUAUUUUGUCCUGAUUUAUCUAUGGACGAUUGCAAUCGCGUUUGGCUUUCAACGAACCGUCACGUCUGCGACAGUUUCUCAAUGGUACUUUCACCGACUUGCGGUCCCAGCUCCAACAUCACAAGCCAUUGUGAAAGCAGCACUUUUCCAUUCUGCAACCACACUAUUCGGGACCAUCGCACUCUCUACAGCGUUGAGCCUCUUGGUCAGAUUACCGCUACUGGUUCUCCCCCGCCGAAUGACAGUGCUCCUCGGAGUGGCAAUGUACUCAUUCAUUCCCAGUCCGAUUGCCGUUCUGAUCAAUCCUCUCGCAUUGACAUAUGCGGCCAUUCAUUCGCAGCCUCUAAGAGUUAGUGCGAGAGGACUCACACAGAUGCACUAUCUAGCACCUGGUGAUGCUACAACAUCUCUGCAUCCCAACACCUUCACUCCACGUUCAGGACGUGAUGGAUGGACUCGAGAUACCAGCCCGCUCCUUCCGUAUCGACUUUCCAAAUUGAUCCUCCAUGCAACCCGAUUUAUCAUGUCGCUUGCACUUGGAUUUGGAGGCUGGGUAUCAACAGCCCGAUCAUUGAAGGUGGAAGGGAAUGCAGGGGUUCGUGGAAGUCUCUAUGCAUACAUUGUUGGGCUGAUUGCGGGAGCCAUUGGGUGGGGCAUUUUGGGAGCGAUGGAAGGGGUGCUCGCAUGCAUAGUGGAUGCGGUGGUUAUCUGCUGGGGAAGUGAAGUUGGAAGCAGUGGACAGGGAGAAGUCAGGUACUGUCGAGAAGCAGGACAUUUAUUUGGGCAAACCGACGACACAGCCGGAGGACGUGUCAGUCUUGCUUGA